AAAAAAAAAAAAAUAUAGAAAUUCAUAAAAUGGAUUCAUUGAAAAUUAGUAUUCCUGACAUGGAUAUGAAUGAUCCUUUGAAUAAUUUUAAUCGUAAUAAACGUGCAAGUAUGUCCUCUAUUCGUUCAGGUGCUUCUAGUGCCUCACUUUACGAGCCAUCUUCGGACUUUUUGUCUUUUAGUGAAGAUUCAUCACCUCAACGUCGACCGUCUAAAAAGGGUGUAAGCACAUUUAUUAGUAAACUAUAUACUAUGGUAGAAGAUGGUCGCCAUCAAAAUCUUAUAUCAUGGAAUCCUAAUGGUACCUCUUUCUUUGUUUGUAACGCUACUCAGUUCGCUCAAGAAGUGCUUCCAGAAUAUUUUAAACAUAGUAACUUUUCAAGUUUUGUUCGACUUUUAAACAUGUAUGGAUUUCACAAGAUUAAUAAAUCACCGAGAGGUCAAAGAGGAAAUAAUGAAAAUGAAAUUUGGGAAUUUUCUCAUCCAAAGUUUCAACAUGGACGUUCAGAUAUGUUGAAAGAUAUUAAACGUAAAGCAAUGGAUUCUGAGCUUCUAAGACGUGAAACAGGAGAUAUUUAUGCUUCAUUUGCUAUGCUUCAAAUGUCUCAAGCAGAUUUACUUCAACAAUUUUAUAUUCUUCAAGAUAAUUUUUCAAGUUUAUUACAAAAUUUUGAAGAAACAAAAAACGUGCAACUUCAACAACAAAAAUUGAUUCAACAACUUGCUCAAAGACAAGGUCUAAGUCAAUCCGAUUUAAUACAAUUACAAGGUCCCUUAAAUCAUACUGAAAGUCAAUCUUCUAAUACAGCGAGUCCUUUAACUGUCUUUGUAACAUCUCAUGACCAACAAGAUGGAUACAAUUCUAUGCAAUUCAUUCAUGAUAACAAUCAAACUACCUUUCAGCAUCCUUUACAACCUACACCUCCUGAUGUGACUAUGUCUAUCUAUGACACCUCUAAUAGUCCUUCUUCAGUACCUGUUUCACCUAACUUAUUUGAUACCGCUGUAAAUACUCCUCUUCCCCCAAGUCCAGUUCCUUCUGUUAUCUUAAAUUCUCCAGUACUAUCCGAACACCCUCAUGAUGUCCAAUUCCACACUUUAAAAUAUGAAGACAUGAAUACCCUCAGUCUUGGCUUAUCUUGAUUUCCCCCCCCUCUCUCUCUUCCCCCAACAAAAAAGAAAAAAAAAUUCAGUCUAUUUUAUAUAAUACAUAUAAUUCCUUUUUUGUUUUGUUAAUUCACUUUAAUAUUAUUAUUAUCAUACAUAUUAUUAAUCAAUUCAUUUAUCUAUUCUAUGUCUUGUAUAUAUAAACUAAUAGUACAUAAUACAGCUCUCCUUUUAUUUUUUUCUUUUUUUCUUUUCUUUUCUUUUUUUGAAAUGUAAAAUUUUUAAUAGGUAUAUUUAUAUAAAAUAAAUAGAUAUAAAUAGCCAAAAUAUGCAUUGG